ACUCUAUGAAGUAGGAGAACACGAUAUUUUUAUUGACUUGUCUGACUUAACAUAAAAGUUAUCGCCGGUUAAAUUCUAGUGUUGUCCGUCGCAAUGACGUCCAGUUUUCAACGAUUCUCAAUCAAACCAUUUUUAUCAAACAACAGCGGCGGCAUAAAGAUACGCGACAGAGCGCAGAAUCCAAAAUAAUAUAAUCGCGCGUUAUUAUCACCGUCACCACCGCCGCCGACGACCACCGCUACCGUAGGGGCCGGACCGUCGUCGCCGGCCGACGAUCGGACAACGCGUCGCCGCCGCCACGCCGUAACGGUUACGUUAGUUGUCGAAAAAAAAUCAUAUCGUUGUAAUAGACUACGUACGAUCGACGCGCGCCAGACCAGUAUCGCUCGCCGUUCGGCGUACUUGACAGCGCGACUACGUCUGGAAGCGUGCUUUGUACGUCGCCUCAGUGCUUUUAAUAAUACUUCGAGCGCGAGAGUGCGUGUGAUUUAAAUACUAUUAUAAUUGAACGCUCCACUGCAAUUAAUUACAUUAUUUUAUAUAACGUAUUAUAAUCACACGUCGUCGAUUUCGUUGUAAUUAUCAUCAUCAGCUUCUCUGCCGAGCACAGCGAGACACCUACUGAGCCACUGCAACACCACGUAUUAUACCUCUUCGGCUACCGACACACGACGGACGUCAUAUAAUUUUGUUGGCCGGACCCUCCACAGUCCAGAGUUUUCAUGGCCGAGGUUCCCGAGUACUGGGUGUUUGGGUAUGGAUCGCUGUGCUGGAACCCAGGUUUCGAAUUCAAGGAUUCCAUGGUCGGUUACGUGGAGGGUUUCUCCAGGAAGUUCUGGCAGGGCAACAUUGCACACCGAGGUACCAAGGAAAAGCCUGGACGUGUAGCCACAUUAGUCGAAGACCCUCAGGGUUUCGUGUGGGGCAAGGCAUUUCUGUUGCCGGACGAGACGGCGUUCAGGUACUUGGAGAUGCGGGAGGUGUACUUGGGCGGUUACCAGGUACACAAGGUCGACGUGCGGUCUGACGGCUCGAACGAUUGCCAACGGACCGUGAACGCGACGGUGUAUGUGGCCACGCCGGACAACGGCCAGUGGCUCGGCGAGGCGCCCGUCGACGAAUUGGCCACUCAGGUGGCCACGUGCUCGGGACCGGCCGGCCACAACGCCGAGUACGUAAUACUGUUGGCGCGAUGGGAGCGGCAGCACGCGCCCCCUCACCGCGUCGACCUGGAACUCAACAAGCUCGAGCUACUCGUGCUGGAACAGUUGCAGGCCAUCGGCGUGCGGCCCGACGACGUUCUCACCACCAACAACAUGCCGUCGUUUUCUUCUAUGGUACCCGAAAAGAAGUUGAGGUGUCUGAACAUCUGACCAGCAUUAUUAUAUUAUAUUAUAAUAUAUUAUAAUAACACUCAUAUGAAUGCAAGCUAUUUCGUUACCGUCGUAAGUCCGUUAACAAAAUACAAACAUUACACAUUUAUACACAUUAUAAUAUUAAAAUUUUCGACGUGAGUGUUAUAACAUUUUAACACGAAUACCCGAAAAUCGAAUAAUUAACCAACUAUAUAUUUUUAUAUUGAACACCACCACCUCUGGAUGACAUUUUUAAUGUCUCAAAAAAACUAUAGGGCGUGAUGAUAUUUUGACUUACUGGCGUUUUCAUCUGCGUAACGCGAAUAUAGUAAUAUUAUUAUGUUUUAGUAAUAAUCCUACUUGACGCGUAUUGUAUUAUACAAACAAAUAACAAGUACUAACAGAGACGAGUACCUAUGUAUGUAACUAUUUACGUUAAAAUUGACGUGUAUACAUUAAUAUUCGUACAUUAUAAUAUUACCUACACUCUAACUCUGUGAUAUUAUUUAUUUGUAAUUUUAUUAUAAAUACGUGUAUCACGCUAACGAAACAAAUACAAUUGCUUAACUAUGACAGGGUGAUACAUAUAAUACAUUUAUAAAUUAUUUUAAUUCGUUGAUGUUUAAUAAUUAUUAAUAUUUAUUACUAUUACUAUUAUCAUUAUCAUUACUAUUAUUAUUAAUAUGAUUACUGUUAUCGUCGUACGAUGGAUUAAAUUCCGCACGAAUUGCAAGUAUCAGUGGCUAUAAUAUUUUUUUAUUUUUAUACACAUACGAUGAUGAACGUGAUCGGUGUAUUGUUAUUAUUUUUAUAAAAUGUUCGAAGACGUCCAAAAUAUGAUGUACCUACCUACAUGAUAUGUUUAUGAAAAAUUAGUGUAAGCGAUUUUAUUUUAUAAACUGACGUUUUUAAAUGACGCUUAAAAACGAAUAAUAUAGGUAUGUUAUUAUAUGUAUAUAGAUUAUGAUAUAUGCUGUAGAUUGGGUAUAAGAUUUUUCAUGUGUAUAAAAAAAUAGCCCCUCAAUUAUGGCUAUAGUAUAUAAGAAUUCACUGUUCAAUUAUUUUCAGUCCCGAUAAUAUGUAUGCGUAAUAUAAUAUAUCUUAUAUAAAUAUACCUAUAAUAUACCUAUACAUCAUUAAAAUAUAUAUAUAUUGGUAGGUAUAAUAUUAUAUAUAUUAUAUACUCGUAUAUAUUUUUAUAUCUAAUUUAUAGUGUACCGUGAGGGUAUUUUUAUUUUGUAUUAUUAUAUAUUAAUGCAAUUGUUUUAUAUUUAUGUUUAUAAUACUUAUAUACUUGUAUAAUUUAAUGUAAAUAAAUAAAUACGUAGUUUGUGUA